AUGUGCUCCUCGUGGAUCUCGCACCUCCCGGGGGACUUCUACGCGGGGCGCGUGGCCGGCCUGGGCAUGAACUCCGACGAGCUCGGCCGCAACCGCGCGCUCACGGACUGGGAGGUCCGCGACCUCAACGUGGACCCGCGCCUGCCGUACGAGGACGGCUCCAUGGACGCCGUGGUCAACGCCGUCUCGAUCGACUACCUCAACAAACCGCUCGACAUCGUCAAGGAGGUCCACCGCGUCCUCAAGCCCGGCGGCCUCGCGGCCUUCUCGUUCUCGAACCGGUGCUUCCCCACCAAGGCGGUGUCCAUCUGGACCGCGACCUCCGACGUGGAGCACGUGUGGAUCGUCGGGAGCUACUUCCACUACAGCGUCCCGGGCGGGUUCACCGCGCCCAAGUGCGACGACAUCACGCCGCGCAAGAACGGCCUGCAGGCGCUGCUGUCCCCCGGGGGGGACCCCAUGUUCGUGGUGUACGCCCGCAAGAGCGAGGCGUGA